CCAGAAUUAAAACAUCUCACCAUCGGGUACAAGUUAGCAGCUUACGAAAACUUCCAUCUGUAAAUAAUAAUAAUAAUACACCAAACAAAUGUGGUAGACUGACACGAUGGAAACAUAGAUGUACUCAUUUCUUAAAAGAGGUCAUUUAUUAAAACAAACUUCACUAUUCCUUAAAAAGAAAUACUUUCUAACUAAUCAGCGGUUAAUGAGUGACUGACUAACUCUCAAGGAUGUUAUACACUUAGAUUUCUUAGAACUACAAUCGAAGUCAUUUGGUUAAUGUAAAGACUUCACUUCAGUUUUGUUAAAAAGAUUAUUAUCUUCGUAGGCUUGUAAAGAAAAUGUUUUACGUUUCGUAAAAUCUACACCUAAUAGACGAGAGAGAGGGCCUCGUAGAAGAAAAUGCAUAAAACGAUCAAUGGUUACUUCAACUCCUUUACACCGAUCUUCUACAAAAGAUGCAGUUAUUCCAGAAAAAUGUGCAACAGUAUCAAAAGUUUCUGAAGAAUCUAAGGAAAACUGGAAUACAACUAGUUUAUCUUUGUACUCAUCUAUAUUAAACACAGACUCAUGUUGUUCUUCCAUAACCAGUGUAAAUGACAUCAAAUCUUCAGUUCCGAGUGUAUCACCACUAUCAAAUCUAAUGCCUCCUGCAUCUAUAGGUUCAAAUUCAAACCUUUCAUAUGUAUUGGAUGAUGAAGAAAGCAAAAGUAUUGAUACUAGUUCGCUGUAUUAUUCCGCACAUUGCACACAAACAGAAGCAUCUGAAGAAUGCUAUAGAUUAAUGCAUUCUACAUCCAUGUAUGGAACUCGUUCUUAUUCAUCAGAAAAGUAUUUUCCAAAUGGAAAGUACACAUUUAGCAAUAAUAAUGCGAACAAUAGUAAUUCGUCAAAAACUCAAUGUUCUGUUGACACCCAUUUGUCAAAAUAUGAAUCAAAUUUUACUACUACAAAGUAUGGUACUACAACCAUGUAUAGUCUAAGCCAUCAUCAUUCGCCAGAUACAAACGGGAAUGUUACUGAAAAAUAUGAUUCCGAUGAUAUUGAGAACGAUUACCAUGACGUUGAAUAUAUGGAAGUUGGAAGUGAGGAAAUAGUAGAAAGUUGUGAUAUGGAAAAUAUGGUUACUCAUGUUCAAGAAGAUUGGGAACCAUUUGAUCCUUAUGUCUUCAUUAAACACUUACCACCUUUGACUCCAGCGAUGAGAGCCAGGUGUCCUGCUCUUCCUCUUAAAACACGCAGUAGUCCAGAAUUUAGUCUCGUAUUAGAUUUGGAUGAAACAUUAGUUCACUGUAGCUUGCAAGAACUUUCGGAUGCAGCAUUCCGCUUUCCAGUCGUCUUUCAAGAUGUAACAUACACGGUGUUCGUCAGAACAAGACCCUAUUUUCGCGAAUUUUUAGAACAUGUCUCGUCAUUGUAUGAAGUGAUCCUUUUUACUGCAAGUAAACGAGUUUAUGCAAACAAAUUAAUGAAUCUAUUAGAUCCAACACGAAAAUUGAUUAAGUAUCGUCUGUUCAGAGAACACUGUGUUUGCGUAAAUGGAAAUUAUAUUAAGGAUCUAUCUAUACUCGGUAGAGAUUUAUCUAAAACUGUUAUUAUCGAUAAUAGUCCACAAGCAUUUGGAUACCAAUUAGAAAAUGGUAUUCCUAUAGAAAGUUGGUUUGCCGAUCGCUCAGAUAAUGAAUUAAUGAAAUUGUUACCUUUCUUAGAAAAUUUAGUAAAUUGGGGUGGAGAUGUUAGACCACGUAUUAGAGAACAAUUUCGACUCUUCAGUUUUUUACCACCAGAUUAAUUCAUUUCAUAAACACAAGAUUAACAUUUCAAAAGCUGUUAGCCUAUAUAAGUACGUACAUGUAUAGUAUAUCUUACGGAUAUAUUCAGCAGAUAAAUGUAAGAUAUCAUACAAAGCGUGCAAUAACACACGCCAAAAGAAAAUUCUAUAAUUUACAAUAAUGUUUUGUUAAUAAUAUUCGAUACGGCAUCGUUGAAAUUAUUAAAAACCAAAAUAUAGUUAUAUCGAUAAAAGUUGAGAUAAUUCUUGCGCUAUGAUUUUUAUAAAAUUUCAAAA